GGCAAGCACCCGCAACAGCAGCAGCAGCAGCAACAACAACAACAUGACGUACGGUUGCCCCAACAGCUUCCCCAGCCGCAGCCGCCAUUCGCGCAGUACCAGCACACAUCGCCGCUGCCGGUACCGCAGCCCCAGCCCCAGCUGCCGCAACCGCAACCCCCGGCUCCGACACCGCACCAGCCGCAGCCCCAGCCGCGGCCGCUGCCUCAGCCCCAGCCACAGCCGCUGCCUCAGCCCCAGCCACAGCCUCAGCCUGCGGGUGGAGUGCUGGUGCCCAUCCCAACACCCUUCGUACGCUUCGAGACCGCUGUGUUCAGGCUCUUCCAAGGCGACCACGGGCAGCACGCCUUCGCCUCCCUCUGGUGGUACCUCGACCCCGCCGCCGCCAAGACCCCCUCCCCCGCCUCCUCCUCCC